AUCAUUCCAAACUUUCAAGAUAAGUUUGUGAAUUUGUUUUGUAUAAAAUACAGUUCGUCAAAUGAAAAAGACAGACUAAGUAUUUACAUAAAGAUGGACCAGUUUUCGCACGAUUUAACGGUAGCUUUGAUGGAAGAAACUUCUUUAUUAGAUCGGGUACGAGUAAGUAGGUGGGGCCAACGUAGAAGGACUCGUUCUGCAGGGAAUUUGCCAUGUGCCCCACAGCCAACAGAGAAAGAAGACUCUUCUAGUAGUCCAUGUGAUGUAAGAAAAACAACGAAUAUAGAUGGCUUGGACAUAAAAAAUAUUAAAUUACCAAAUAUGAGCGAUUCCGAUGAUAAAGAAACACGUUUGCCUACUAAGUCGUCUUUAAAAACAGCACUACGUUUGGGUACACUAGAAUCAGAUUCUUUAAAUGAGACUUUCAGUCCAUCAAGGUUUUUUAAACCCAAUGCCAGGAGAAAAAGGAAAUUUAAAAGAAUGUCAAUGGAAUGUGAUAUAGGUAUUAUAGCACCUAUACAGAAUUCAAAUACAAGUGUUCAUCCGUCAUCAGCAAUUGCAGCUAAUGGAUGUGUUUCAAUGAGGAAGCGUGUUUUAAAGCCAGAUUCUAAUAACCGCAACAACUUAUUUUUCUGUGGUAAGCGUAAACGAUCCAAUCGUGAUCGAUACCAAGAUUACGAUAACACGAAAUCUCACUCAACGAGUAUGCCUCGUUAUACAAAUAUAGAAGAUAAUAAAAUACGUCCAAGAAGUUAUUCUUCCACAUCAAAACCUAAUAGCGAUCGUUUGUUGCCUUUAAAUAAAGGUCUUCUGUCGAGAAUAGAAAAAAUAUCACAAUUGCAAAAGACUGAAUGUGUGCAAAAAUCCGCACCUUCUUUUUUAAACAAUACUGAAACAAACACAAUGGGUCUACAAAUACAAGCGCAACAACAGGAAUUGAAAAAUCUUCGUAAAAAACGUAGCCAAUAUCGGCGUUCUCAGCUACAAGAAUUACAGUUUGCUGUUGAACAGCACCCAAUGGAUUGCAGUAAUAUAAAUGAUUUUCUAAGUUCAAGUUCUUUAAGUUCUUCCGAUUCCGAUGACGUACAAAGUGCAAACGAUACUGAUCGUGAAGGAGACGAUGAACUAACGGAUUGGCCAGGGAAUGAAUGCGUUAGUGGCCCCGCUGACAAUAAAAAUGAUGCUAAACGUAAGCUUACGAAGAAAAAUACUAAUUCUCUCAUAAAAUCUGAAGAAAGCUGUUUUACAGCUGUAAUGGGUGAAGAUGAUACAAUGAUGUUGGGUAGUGAGGAUUGGUCACCUAAUAUUUCAAAUGAUAACAUGGAACUCCGCUAUCGACCAUCAGAACCAAUCGCUAUCACGAACAAAGGUUUUGAUUUGGGGCGUAGUAUAUGUGAUGAGGGCAUCAUCCCUUUUAAACAAAUAGAAAGCGAAAUGUCCGGCGAAACCUCAAAUCCAUUUCUUUCCUCGCCACCAUCACAUUUAAAUGAAAUUAGAGAAAUACGUGCUGGUUGCCGCCGCAUUAAAGAUGAAAGACCUGGUUUUAGCAUUAAAACGAGUGUAAAUGAGCGCCUUGCCCGAUUUUUACAAGAUCCAAGACAAACACAAAUUCGUUUGCCCGAUAUAGAAAUAUACGAGCAUGAAAGUUUACUUAAUUUGGCUACAUUGUACUCUCUACAAAUUUCAUUGGCAAAUGGAUGUGCCAUACUUAACAAGACCAGCAACACGACUCAAUCUACUAUUAUUGACCAAAAUGGUUUGAAAAAUUGUUUGCUUAGUGACUUUAAAAGACGAUGUUAUGGAAGCAAAAAUGACGGUGUUCCAAGGGAAUAAAUGUCUAGCACAAUCUUACGCCAUCAGUCAACACACGAUGACAUAAAACAAAUAUAUAUAAUUAAAAUAUUUGCUGUUAUUAUAUGAUUUUAAGCAAUA